AUCCCAUUCCCAGAUCCCGGAUCCCGAAUCCCAUUCCCGAUCCCAGAUCCCGGGUCCCAUUCCCAGGUCUCAUUCCCGAUCCUGGAUCCCAGAUCCCAUUCCCAGAUCCCGGAUCCCGGAUCCCAAAUUCUGGCUCCCAUUUCCCAGAUCCCGGAUCCUGGAUCCGAUCCCAAAUCCCAUUCCCAGAUCCCGGAUCCCAGAUUCCGAUCCCGGAUCCCAG